AUGGAUAAGAACAGUAAUAUAGGAGGGAGGAAAAGCGGAGUCGAAAAGAUCAAAUUCAACCUCUGUGAUGGAAUGGAAAGACUAGUUGUGAAGUACAUGAUUAAAAGAAGAAAAACUAAGCCUAACGAUCCUAAAAUGCUGCCUGUUCAAAUCUUGGGUGCAAUUUUGGUCAAUAAUGAUGAAAAUCAACAGGAAAUUCAUCAAUAUAAUAUUGAAAGAGGGUUUAUGAGGGGCGAAAGUGACCCAUUUUUACUAAGAGACACACAAUUCAUUGAUCUGUUUCGAUUAACUAAAGAUAUGGUUCAUUAUUUAUGUGUAACAAUAGUUCCUCAUAUGUCACAAACAACACAUCCAAGUGCGGUUGAUCCUACAUUAAGGAUUUUUUCCAGUUUAUACUUCUAUGCAACAGGUUCUUAUCAAAGGACGAUAGGACAAACUUUUCAGUUAUCUAUGGCCCAAAAUACUGUUAGUAAAUGUAUUGAUGAAGUAACUGAUCUGAUUGUCGACCAUCUAACUGAAGAAUGGAUUAAAUUUCCUCGAAAUUUUAACGAUAAGCUAAAGAUAAAAAGGCAAUUUAUGGAAAAGUACCAUUUUCCGGGAUGCAUUGGUGCUAUAGAUUGCACCCAUAUUGCUAUUGUAGCUCCAGCUGAGGAGGAGCACAAUUAUCUGAAUAGAAAAGGAUUUCACUCCAAGAAUGUGCAAAUUAUAUGUGAUGCCAAUUUAAAAAUUUUAAAUGUUAAUGCCAGAUGGGGAGGUGCAACUCAUGAUGCAUUUAUAUGGAGACAAUCCACAUAA